CUACACCACGGGCGCUCUUUUUCUUAUUUAUUUAUUUAUAUUUCUUUACCUCUGUUUGCGCCAUUUAUUUUUACUUUUUUUUUUUUAAUUUAAUAAUUUAAGUUUUUAAAGUCCCUAUUCUCGGAAAAACCAAACCAUAUCCCUCCCUUCAUUUUCCUUUUAUCGUUUUUUAUUUUUAUUAUUUUCUUCUUCCUUUUUUAAUUGGCAUUGCUUCCCUUUUGAAUUAGGGUUUUCAUUUCCUCUCAUAUCCUCUUUCGUCUUUGAAACCAAAAACCCUAAUCGCCCCCGAUCUCCUCAACUAGCCGUUACCCACCGUUUCCCGCCAAUCCCACUGCUAUCUAAGCCGUUGAUUCGCUGGUUGGUUUUUGAAAAGUAGCCGUUGGAUCCGCCGCUUCGUCAGCCGGUUUUGAGGAAAACAAAAUUUUCACCCUUUGGGCGUUCCCUGAGAGUUUUGACUUGAAAUGUCUGCGGUAGAAGCUGAGAAGAAGGUCGAGGAGGAAAGCAAGGUAGAAAAGGGGGGCGAGCUCUUGUUCUGCGGUGGAACGUCUUGGGAUGUCGUUGGCCGGCGCAAAGGACCCGUCGAAGGCAACUUGGUCUCUCCCACUAGGCUUCGCCCCCUUGUCGGCAUCGACAUUCGAUUUGUCGCCUCUGGUUGCGCGUCUUGUCAUUGUGUGGCAUUGGAUGUCGAAGGACGUUGCUAUACGUGGGGACGUAAUGAGAAGGGGCAGCUGGGACAUGGAGAUAAAAUUCAGCGUGAUAGGCCAACUGUAGUAUCCGAGCUUUCAAAGUACAAGGUUGUUAGAGCUGGAGCAGGUAGGAGUCAUACGGUUGUGGUUACGGAAGAUGGUCACUCCCUGUCGUUUGGCUGGAAUAAACAUGGACAGCUGGGCUCAGGAUCUGUUAGAAAUGAAAUUGAGUCCUCUCCUGUUCGUUGUCUUGUGUCUAAUGUAAAAAAUACCGUUUGUGGGGGUGACUUUACCGUGUGGUUAUCUUCUGUUGAAGGAGCUACUAUACUGACUGCAGGUCUUCCACAGUAUGGACAACUUGGGCAUGGAACUGACAAUGAGUACAAUACUAAGGACAGCUCAGUGAGGCUUGCUUAUGAAGCUCAACCUCGACCCAGAGCAAUAGCUACUCUUGCUGGGGAAACCAUUACAAAAGUUGCAUGUGGAACAAACCAUACAGUUGCUGCAGAUUCAAAUGGCUAUGUUUACACGUGGGGCUUUGGCGGCUAUGGAAGGCUUGGACAUAGGGAGCAAAAGGAUGAGUGGGUCCCCCGUCGUGUUGAUGUGUUCCAGAGGAACAAUGUUCUACCACCUGAUGCUGUGAUAUCAGCUGGUUCUGUUAGCUCUGCGUGUACUGCAGGUGGAGGGCAAUUAUAUAUGUGGGGCAAAAUAAAGAACACCGGUGAUGACUGGAUGUACCCUAAACCUCUAAUGGAUUUAAGUGGCUGGAAUUUACGUUGCAUGGAUUCUGGCAGUAUGCACCAUUUUGUUGGUGCUGAUAACUCAUGCAUAAGCUGGGGUCACGCUCAAUAUGGGGAGCUGGGAUAUGGACCCAAUGGACAGAAGUCUUCUGCAGUACCCAAAAAGGUGGAUAUUCUUGAGGGUAUGCAUGUUAUCAAUGUUGCAUGUGGAAUGGCCCAUUCUAUGGUAAUUGUUGAUAGAACAAACGUUUCUGACCGUCUUGACCAGCUUGAUAUUUAUGAUGGAAAAGCUGCUGGUGAAGGGAGUGAAGAACCUGAGAACAAGGUGCCGGUUGCUAAGCAAACUUCAAAGAAAGGUGCAGCGAAAGCUUCAGAUAAUUCUAAGAAGAGGAAGAAGUCCAAAAAUUCAUCGGACUUGGAGGAUGAGGAGGAUAGCGAGGGUGAUGAUGAUGAGAAUGACUAUAGUGAUAAUAGUGAUGAGCUGGUGAAUGGGCAGACUGAACAAAAAAACAAAAAAGGUGGGAAGGUUUCUGGGGGUCGGGUUAAGGGCGCUCAGAAAGCAUCAACAGGGGGUAAAGGUUCUGGACGCGGGCGAGGACGCCCUCCUUCGGCAAAUAAGAGCUCACAACCCACUCAGGCCAAAACUGGUAAAAGAGGACGGCCACGGAAGUCAUAAGUAAACUAUUAUUGGUUUUUUCUACAAUCGGGAUUUGCCUAUCAUGUAUUGUUGUGUAUAAGAACAGAAUGGGUCAGGCUAUUUUGGAAGAUUUGGGCUAAGCACGUAAUUGGGCUAGUUGAUUUAAUUGCGUUCCACGAAAGAAGUGAAAAAGUGGUGCAUGGAUUUGGAGGGGCAUGGAGAUAGAGCUUGAGGUUGAGGUAAAGACAUAGAAUUCUGUCGUCGUAGUAGGGACCACUAAAAGCACUCAUGUUUGCUUGUAAGGUAGAGGAAAGUCAUGCGCCAGCAUCAGUAGCUUUCAACGUGUUACUGACCUCACUCCAAACAAGCUUCAAAGUUUCGAAGUGUCAAGCUUCUUGCAAUGAAUUCAAGCUAAGACGAUCUGAUGAUCCCAUGCAACCAAACGGGCCCUAUCUCUUUUAUAAUCAUCACAACUUUUAUGUCCAGAUAAGAUGAAACAUAUUAUGAAUUGUCCUGCCAAUAGUCAUGGUGGAGAGCAACGCUGCAUAAACUUUUUUCUUGCACUUGAAAUUAUGCUGCAAAAAAAAUCUUCCUCAUUUUUUGCCAACUAAGAUGGGAUUCAUAAAGAAAAUUAAGAAUAAAAAAUUAGCUUUCCAUAGGUUGCUUAAUAGCAAUCUACUUAUUUUAAAAUAAGUCCAAAUUUUUACCUUUUUUUGAAGUGUCCUUAUCGCCUACACAAAAAGUUUAAAAAAUAAAACUAAGAUAAGGAAAAGAAAGAAAGAGUGGCUGCUUGUAUCAUCUAUUGGUCCAUGCGAACGAAGAUAUAAUUUUGUAAUUGCAUAAUUUCGUAAAGAGUCAAAAUCGAUAUACCAGACUUUUU